AUGUUAUCAGUGGCCAUGAAGAUUAGUGACAAGUAUGACUAUUUUGAAAAUAUCAACGACAAGAGUACCAUCAUGAAGUCAUCUUCCACAAUUGUAAAACAAGAAUCUCAAUCACUAUUGGCUGAGAAUGCUGCCCAAAUGACAGAUGAAGAAGUUGAAGAUGAUGAAAUUCUCAUGAAGAAACUCUUCAUUGUCGAUUACAAUACCAAAGUCAUUUGCUAUCAAUUACUUUUGAAGUUUGUUAAAGAUAACGUCAUUCAACGAUUGCAUGAAUUCAAAGGAGAAUUACUCACUAGUUGCAUCAAAUUUGUGCUUUCCAUGCCUAAAUCAUUUAUUGAUCUCAAAUAUUGGGUGCAUCCAUUGCAGUUAUCCUUCGAGUUGGGCCUAAGUUAUUUACCUCUUGCAAACAUCGGUCUUGAAGCCAUUGAAUAUUGGUUGAAAGUGUUGCCAAGAUCUGAACUUGUUGAAAAGUGCUUCCCUAAAGUUUUACCAAAAUUAGAUCCCUAUCUGAUGGUCAAGCACAACAACUCUAUUGGUGUGAGCGGUGACGACAAUGAUGUAGAUGCAGAGGUGUCCGACAUUUCCAAACUGUUGAAAGGACAAACCAAAACUUCCAUCAGAAAAACCAAUGAUAACACUACACAAGCUAAAAACAAGCUUUCUAGUUUUGACAAAACCCCACUCAAGAAAGUACAAUUAGGUAUCAUCCGAUUACUAGGAAAAAUUGGAGGAGACAAUGCCAAUAUUUUGAACAAGGCCGAAAAUUCACACGCCAAUGACGAUAUCAUUAUUACAUGGGACACGGAGCCACGUGUGAAAUUCUCAAUGCCAUUCCGUGAUGUGAAAAUGGAACUUUUCUUUGAUCCUGUUUUACCCAGAAUUACGGAACUUGCUGAAAAAUCUAGUGAUAGACAAACCAAGAUUGCGGCAUGUGAAUUCUUGCACUCGAUUGUACUUUAUAUGGUUGGUAAAAAUGCAUAUAGCCCACAAGCAAGACAAAGGGCACAAGAAAUUCAAAUGAAGCAACAGGAAGAAGAUGAAAAGCGCAAAAACAAGCAAGAUUCAUCAAUCAAUGAUGAAGAAUCUACUGUAGUAGUCUCAAGCGACCCAACCCCUUAUUACAAAAUCUAUGAAAAAUUAUUUCCAGUAUUGUUGAGACUUUCAGUCGAUACUGAACAAGUCACCAAACAAUUAUUUGAACCUUUAAUGUUCCAAUUGGUCCACUGGCUUACUCAAAACAUGCAAUAUGAAAAUAAGGAGACCAUGGCUUUAUUGGACUCAAUCAUUGAUUCCAUGUCAAACACUACGGAUGGAGCUCUCAGAGAUCAAUGUGCUUUAUUAUUGAAUGAAUUCUUGAAGUGGUCAGUCAAGCACGAUCGUGACAAGAAAUACAUUAAUGUGAAAUCACUUUUCCAAAGGCUAUACAGCAACAUCCAUCAUCCAAAUUUGUUCAAGAGAUUGGGAGCUGUUAUUGCUUUUAACAGCAUGUACAAAAGCUUUAGAGAAGUAGACGCACUCGUUCAAAGACAUGUGCUUGAUUGGUUACACAAUGUGAUUAUCAGUUUAAAAAUUAUUGACAAUGAUUCAGAAAUUUUAGAAAAUCAAAAAACAUCUCAUUCGAGCUCCAACAGCACUGGUAUCAUUGAAAAAUCUAUUCAAUUAAUUGGACAUAUCGAGAGAAUUGUAGUUCAAAAAUCAUCUCUUCUUAUCAGUGAGAUGGAUCGUAGAAUUCACACAACGCUUGCUGAUUGUGUGGAUUGGAUUUUCAUGCAAUGUGGAAACGGCGAGAGAAUUUGUCGUGAGCAAUGCAUGAGAUUAUUCCCAACGUUGUGCAUGUUAUUGCCUGGAUUUGAUACAGAUGAUGGCCCACGAAGAUGGAUUCAUGCAAAAUUCAAAUCUGACGAAUCGAGCGUUCUUCGAGUGGUAGACGUUCCUUCUUCGUACAUUCCAAGCUAUGGAGGUUCAAUUAAGGUCAAAUCAGAGAAAGAAGAAAAGAAAGUGAAUAUUGCUCUCAGUACGACAGCAACAGCCAAUGACAUUUCUUAUUUUGAAAAAGUAAUGGUUUGGCUUCAAAAGUUAGAGGCCUCUUUUGAUUGUCUUUAUUGGUUAUUUAAUCACAAAUUUUUGUAUCCUCACCAAUUGUUUAACUUGGAAAAGGAACAUGAUGAAUUGAAUCUCGAAAAUAAGAGAGCAUCUUCAUCUGGAAGUAGAGCUACAAAUUACAAAAAGAGGAAAACAACUGAUGACAAUGACAUGCUCGAUGAUGAUGGAGAAGUGAGAGUAAUAGAGGAUGAACAAGAACAUGUGGCCUCGACUUCAUGCUCGAUCAUUGGUCACAUUUAUAACUUUAUUGAAAAAUUUGCUCUCAAAAAGACGAGUGAGUCAUUUAUUUUGAUCAGUUCUUCCGACUCAGAAAAGUAUAUUCACAGAAAGACCUCUACAUUAUUCAAGUUACUGAACUUCUUUGGUUUGAUGCUUGACAAGUAUCCAAGCAGUUUAUUAUCACAAAAAGUCACAGAGAAGGAAAAUAUUUUGGAGAACACCAAAUUCCUCACAUUAUUAUUCCUUUGCAUUUUAACACCAUCCAAGCAAGGCUUUAACACGAAUCAAGAGGAAGUGCAAACUAUGCUACCUCGAUUAACACGAAAGAUUCUAGAAUCAAUUGUCACAUAUUCAAAGCAUACCGCUAAUGGAUCAGCAAUUAUUGCUAAAUGCAAAAAGAUUUUGAAUGACAUGUUGUCACAGCUUGUUGAAAAACAUAUUCAUCAAUUGGAUUUCACAAAAUCAGUCAAGUUGAAUAUGGAUGAUUAUACAUUCAUGUUUAGAGGAAUAAGACUUUUGCACAAAUUAGAUUAUUUAGAUGACGAUGCCUUACGACCUCAUUACUCAUCAAAAAAUGAGUUUGGAAAGAAGAUUUUAGACAAGUUAUUUAAUCAACAUUUUGAUCCUUUAAUGGGACCAGUGAAUGUUAUUAUUUGCAAAGAAAUGCUUCAGAUGUGCUUUGAGUUUUCCAUUGAUGUUGAUCAUUUGUUAGAUAUGGUCACAAACACCACAGCUUCCUCUUCAGCCGACAACAUUUUAUCGAAGAAGUUAUCCCAAAUUGAUUCUUCAUAUCAAAUUGCAGGUGACGAAGGUAGCAGCGCAGAACAUCAUUCCAAACAGCCUCACAGAGUGAAGCCAACCACGAAAGGGGCGCAAUUUUACAAAAUAUUCCACUCAGAAAUUGACACGUACAUUUCUGAACACUUGGAUGUAUUUUCCAAGGCACUCCUGACACGAAUUGCAAACAUUCCAUCACUCAAAGAUCAGCACGAGCUGAACCAUCACUUUUUAUUUGAUGUAAUUCUGAGCGUGAGUUUGAAAUUUUUAAGACUUCCAUCCUCGAAAAAAGAUAAGAAGUCGAUCUUUGUGCAGCAUGUAUUGGAUUCUUUGAAACCAGUUCUUGAAAAAUGUAAGAACACUACCGAUGACGAUUACAAAAUCAAGACCAUGUCACUCAUUGAGAGACUUUUCGCUUUGGAUGCUACAUUAAUAUUGCAGCAUGCCAUUUAUCAAGAGGCUAUUAUUGAAUUCCUUUUGACAUGUCUCAAAAUCAAGAGAGAUGAUUCUUCUAGAACUUCAGAGAGUGAAUCACCAUCCAAUCUAUUUGAUUUGAAAUUGAAAGCCAUUCGUAUUUUGCCAGUCAUCUUUAAGAACUCUCUACUGUCGUCUGAAAAGGACGAAGUAAAAGAAAAGUUCAAAGGAGAACUUGCACCAAUUCUUAAUCAAAUCAAGAAAAUUGUGAUUGAUGAUUUUCCAUUGAAUUAUGAAGAAAUAGAAGUUGAGUCAAGCGAAUACGAUGAUCAUGUUUCAUUACUUGAGGACUUACUUUUUGCUCUUCAAGGAUCUGAUUCUGUUGAAGUGUUGGAACAAAUUUUGCCACUUUAUCGAUGGAAAAAUCAUCCAAUUCAAGAACGAAUGACACAAUCAUUGAAAUCCUUAUUUGGAAAAUUCACAAAUGAAAAGCUUUUGAAAGCAGCCAAUAGUUGUUUAGAGACAUUCUACAAGGAAAGUUUGCCAAUCGAUAUUCGAAGACAAGUGAUUCAGUGGGUUUGUCUCACAUGCCUCACACACAUGCCUGAACGAGUGUUAAUUCAAUUCUUUGAGGACAAUAUUCAACGAUUAAUGAAAUCGAUCGCAAAACCAACGGCUCUAAGUGAAGAAAGUUCAAAUCCCAAUAUUGAUGAACUCGAUACAGAUUCUGUAAAAGCUCUCUUUGUCACGAGAACUUGCUGUUACAAUUUACUGGAAGCCAUGUAUCGUUUAUUGCCUGCUACUGCUGUCAAGGAAUUUAUCAACAACAAGUAUUGUGAAAAAACAGCAAACAGCAGUCAGCUUACUGGUAAAGAAUUGACAGAGAAAGUUAUGAGAUCGAGCUUUGCUGCACGUUCAUGGAAACUCAACGAUCAAGAAUUCAAGUUGUUGGGUCACGACUUGUUACUCGAUUUUAGAACAAGUGCUUUCAAUGUGCUUGCUGGAGGUGUGAAAUGUACACAAACUCAAGAAAAGUUUUAUACUGGAUUUCUCUUCAAAGAAAAAGAGGAUGAUUUGUGGGAAAAUAUUGUCAAUCUCGAUUGCCAUUAUAACUUUGAAAUUGAGACCAAUUUUGCAUUCCAUCGAAAAGCAGUGGAUGAAUUACGAGUAGAUUCUAAUCAAAAGAAAAUUGAAUCACACGCUGGCACUCACAGAAAACCAGGAGAGCUACAAAUCGGUUAUCUUUCGUCACAAUAUCUUUCUGACAGUUCAUUGAGCUCUAGUUUGCCAAUUGCUAGUAAUUUCUUUAUUCCUGGAUCGAAAUAUGCAGAAGAGGCCAUUUUGAACAAUUCAUCAGAAGAAGAAGCAUCAUCGAACAAGCCACAAGAUGUAGGUUCUACCUCUUCCACGAGCAAUGACAGCAACACCAACUCUACUUUGGAAAUGGACGAAAUUAAUGCUAAUCCUUGCAUGUCUGCCGUGUUGAGAACGAUCGAUCACAUGGUCUCUAUUUUCAAAUAUCCUGGCGUUUCAUCAGAUGCUUCAUCCGUAACGUCCACCACGACACAAACCAUGCCUUCAUGGAUGGGUGAAAUGCACAAAAAGCUAAAUAACGACUCUACACAUAGAAAUAUCAAACUCUUCAUUUGCAAGGUCAUCAUUAACAGACCCAAUGUGUUUGAACCAUUUGCCAAACACUUCUUCGAACCUAUUGUGAAACUAAUUUUGAGAGAAGAAGAGGAACAAAAACAAAGUGAAGACGUCUCUACUAGAGGUAUCAACUACUUUAUCAGAGACUUGUUAAUUUUAUUGUUGAGAUGGAAAGACGUGUCUCCACACAAAUCAGCACUCACCAAAGAUUUAGCUUCCAAAUUACUCGCAUUCAUGUUUAAGAAUUGUGCUCAUCAAAAGAAAGUGAUUCUGAGAUCCAAUCUUGAAUUGAUUAAAUUGAUGGUUGAGAAAUGGAGAGAGGCAAUGACUAUUAACAAAACUAUUAUUCUAGGAUGGCUAUGUCAUGACGAAUCGAAAUCGUCAGCAAAAUUAGCGAGAACAACAGGACUUCAACUUUUGGGAAUCAUGAUUGCGAAUGAUAUUCCAAUCUACAUGACCGAGACAGAUUCCAAUUUAGGAGUGAAUGAAGAACAAUUCUAUGAGAAGAUUCUCGAUAAUUUAAGCUUCAAGAACAAGGACGUUUAUGAAGCAGCUGCAGAAAUUAGCGGAAUGAUUUUGAAGAGUCUUUCAAAUUCUAAAACACAUUCAAAUGAUAGUGUGAAAUUGUUUGAAAAAUUACUUCUUGCAAGAUGUUUGGGAAUUCUACAGAAAAUGCAAUACGAUCGAUUCUUGAAUUGUCUCUACAAGAUUGGAAUUCAUGAUACUGGAUUUAUUGACAAUUUCUUGCCAACCAAGAUUUUGGAUAUUUUACCAAAUUUAUAUGGUGUUUAUAAGAAGACAGCUCUUCAAUUGAUUUCAUGGAGAGCUGAACAUAUUACUGAUUUGUAUACUUCUUUGAAGCCAUUCAUUCGUCAACAUUUACAACACAAAGAUGAACCUACUCAAUUAUUAACACUUCAAAUUGUUUAUCAACUCGUGAAAGCAAUUCCAAAAGAUGACGUCAUGCACUUUAUGGAAAUUAUUACUACACAUAUUAACACGAGUGAUGCUCAAAUGAUUGCAACAUUCUCUGAACCUUGCCGAGAAAAGUAUUAUGACAUUUUAAUUUGGUUAUUCGAUAACAGACCUACCGAAUUUAGAAGUGAUGAAAUGAUCCGAACUGAGUUGCUAAAGGCCAUGAAUGAUCCUUCCGAAGACAUUCGAAAGAAAAUGCUCAUCUUUUGGGAUCACGAAUCUAGAUUAUCCAACGAAAGUUUACGUCGUUUGGAGCAAUCAUUUACUCUCUUAUUUUCACAAAAUUUAGGUGACAAGUGGCUUCAAUUUUCCUCAUACUUGAUUCUUCAAUUAUUACAUCGUUCACCUGAUUUUUCUGAUACCAACGCCAUCUUCUCAGAGAGUCUUUCCAAUUGUGUCUUUAAAGAAUACAAGAUUGACACAAGUUGGCAACAUAGAAGUUUACCACUAACGGCCACAUCCAUUGUUCUUGGAUCUGGAGUAUCGAUAGGAUCUAGUUCCAAGAAGGGACAUGGAACUGUUCAAAGUUAUGCAUCUCUUCCUUAUGAAUCUCUUGCAUUGGAAGAUCCCUAUGCCACUUUGUCACAAUCUCAACAAGUUCCAGCAACUAUUGGUGUUGGAAUGGUCAAGGCCACUCAAACUCCUCAAUUUACUCCAACACAAUAUGCAACAGAGACGUUGAAAGAUAUUCUUUCAGCUCCAAGUAUGAGUCAAACAUCACUAUUGUUCACACCGUUCAAGUCUGUGACCAGUAAUAAUGCUCAAGGAAAUAGUGCAGAUACCACAGGUGGAAAUUCUGCUACAGCUGCUGGAGGAGCUAGCGGGGCUACUUCCGAGUCAUUCCAAGGUCCAUACUUGAGAAGAAGAUUUUUAAAGUUAAAGGAAAAUACCAUGACACAAUAUCAAGCACGUAGAGCUGUUCGAUUGAAGAGAGAAAAAGAAGCUUGGGAAACUCGACAAAAAAUUGCAAAGAAAAAUAAGAUUACCAUGUACAGAAAGUACAGAACUGGAGAAUUACCAGAUAUUCAAAUUGCUUUAAAGGAGAUUAUUACUCCAUUGCAAGCACUUUGUCUCUAUGAUGUGAAUGUUUCCAAGCAUUUGUUUGUUUCGGUAUUCUCUUCUCUAUAUCCAAAUAUUGCACAAAAAUUGGAUGAAAAACAAGCUGAGACAUUGAAGAAUAAUAUUCACACGACCUUCAAUCAAAUGUUAAAACAAUCUGGAGAUAGCUCAGUAUUGAUGUCCGCGUUAAUGACUUUAUGUCUUGAAAUUUUGGACCUUCAAUCACCUAAAUUUAACAUUCUAUCACCCAAACUUGUUCGAUCUGUUAGUAUGCAAAGUUUUAACGUUGAAUUAGGAAUCCUAUUGUUGGAAUCUUUAAUUGAAAACAAUGCUAUUGAUUCUGGAAAUGACGAAGACAUGAUUGAUCAAGAUCGAGACAUGAGAGCUUACAUCGACGCAUGGAUCGAAUUAGGUAAACUAUACAAAUCCAUCGAUGAAGAAGAUGUGGUUCGAUCCAUUUUCGAGUAUCACGUCGCUCAACAAGAAAAUACCAAGAGAGCUCUUUCCGAAGAAUUAGCUGGUCGGUACAAUAGCGCACUGAAAAUUUAUGGACAGGGUCUACAAGAUUGGGAUGCUGGUUGGAAAUCUCAUGAUACUCCACCAUUAGAAGAAGAAGUAGUCUUUUGGCGAGAACAAAAAUUAGAAUGUCUUAAAAAGAUGAACCAAUGGGAUACUGUAUUACAAGAAGUUGUGUCUGAUUUGAAACGAAUGACCAAAUCUGAAAAUAUCACCAAUGAUGAAUCAUCACUGAUACAAGAAAAGAUUUGGCAAAGUGAAAAUAGUGACAAGCUGCUUUCCCUAUUUUUGGAUAGUAAUUUGAAACUGAAAGAACGAUGGAGCGCGUUACAACAUUUCAUUGAAGUUGCCAUGAGUUCAAACACAAAGAGAGACAUCUUGGAGAGCAAGUUCUGUGAUCGCCUUUCAUUCUUGUCACUCUUUAUUCAACAAUAUGAAAAGGCCAAGUCCUACAUUGUGGAUAGUUACGCCGAAUUUUUACAAAGUUGGAGCUCAUUGUCACCGCUCGCUAAAACUGGUCGUCAUAUUUAUUUGCAAAAACUUCAACCUCUUGUAGAAAUUGAAGAAUUUAUUGAUUUGUGGCAAUCUCAAAUGAAUAUGAAACCAAAGAAGUUAAUUCAAUUGUUGCAAACAUGGAAAUCGAGAUAUCCAAGUUCAUACAUUGAUGAUAUGAACACGUGGGACAAUGUGGUCACCAAUCGAAAUUUCAUGUAUGAUUUAAUUUCACAAAAUUUGGAGAACUUUAUUGAAAAAGAUCAACCAAAACUUUCACUCAGUGGAAAGUCGUCUUCACUUCGACCUCUCACAAGCAGCUUGUUAGGUGACGACCCAACGACUACACUUCUUCUCUCAGCAGGAUCUCUUUCACAACAAGACUAUGUGGUUGGUGCUACCUCUACUGGUUCAUCUAUUUUGACAAUGGACUCUGAAUCUCUCUCAAAAUCUAUUGCAAGAGAGAAGGCCAUCAUGUAUUUGACCGUCACAAAAGCCGCCAGAAAACAAAAGAACAAUACUGUUGCUCAGAGUUAUCUCAAAAUUGCACAAGGAUGCAGUAAGAAUUUGUUGACUUCAGAUUCUAACAGUAGUGAUGCAAUCGCUUUUGAUUUUGAAUUUUUCAAAUCUCUUGUGAAAUUAUUGAAGAUUAAGGCAACAAGCAAAGGAUCGACUACUGCUGACACUGUUUCUGUGUUUGAGAAACUUGUUCGAUUUAUCAAACAAAAUGGAAACAAGUAUGGAAACGAAGCAAACAUACCAAUCAAAUACUUGUUGACCUACAAAUUAUUAGAUGCAGAUGCAAACGCUUCGUUUGCUUCUACUCUUCGAGAAAUCAAAGUUCAAAACACAGAUUUAGGAUCUUCAGAAGACAUUUUAAGAUCUUCAUUUGUUCGAUUUAAAGAAUCGAUUGAAUUGGUGAACAAACAUAUUGCACAAGUGUCUGAUGAUUCCAAGAUCAUCAAAGUCGAUGACGACGUCGACUAUGUGUCACAUCCUCAAGCAUCCAAGAUUUAUCUCAAGUUUGCACUAUUUUGUGAUAAUCUUUUGAAGCAACGCUUGAAUCAAACUGAUGAUGACGAAGAUAUUAUUUUAACAAGAGAUCAACAACAUAGUUCACUUCCUUCUAAUGAUCAAUUAGCCAAUUAUAUUGUUGAAAAUCUCAUGAACAGUAUGAAAUAUUUCAACAAGGAAGCAAGAGAUCGAUUCCCACGUUUAUUAGAAUUAUUAGAAAAAUAUCCAACCACAAGAAGUGUCUUUUCCAAAUUUGUACCUUCAACUUGUACGUUACAAAUUCCAAGUUGGAUGUUUAUCACAUGGAUUUCACAAUUAUUGGCUCACCUAACAGGACCAGAGGGAGAAUGUCUAGUUCCAAUAUUAAUUUCCAUUGCUGAAAACUAUCCACAGUCCUUAUAUUAUCCAUUGAAUAUCAGUGCAGAUGAAAUUAUUGAUUCUUACGAAAAAGGAAAUACCACUAUUACUCGCAAAGUGUUGGAAGGUAUCAAAAUUAUGAGACAAAAAGUGAAAAACCCACUCAUUGAAACAUUUAUUUAUUCUCUCAAAAAGUUGAAUUAUCCAGAAUUACGAUUCAAAGCAUUCAUGGAUGACAUUAAGGAAAUUAUGAAAUCAAAAAAUUACAAGUCAGAAAAUAGUCGAAAGAAAGAUAUCAAAUCCAAAUGGGAAGAAUGCUAUGAUGAUGUUUUUGAUCCCAAUGCUCCUCAUAUUGGCGUUUACAAUGUAAGAUUUGCCAAAAAUUGGGCUCCAGCCAUCAAGAAGGACUUUGGAGGACGUGACGGUGAAAAAUUGUUAAAAAUGGAUGAAAAGACGUUUGAAAGUUCCUAUUUAUCAAAAUUCAAAAAGAUGAAAGAAACGAAAGGAGCUUUACAACAUGGCAAGACGAAACUUGAAUACUUUUCUAAAUGGAUGCUUGAUUUCCAUCAAUCGUCAUCUUCAUUGAAUAUGAAUCAUUCAAUGUCCUCCUCUUCGGAUUCUUCUCAUCAACAUUUCAUUGAACUACCUGGACAAUAUAUUGAUAACAUUGGAAAGGCAGCUUCUUCCUUAAUGUUAGGAACAUUAUCCAUGAAUACGAACUAUCCCAAUAUGCAACCACCAAAUUUGGACGAUCAUGUAAGAAUUAUUAGUUUCGAUCCAACGUUGUUGACCAUGUCUUCGAUGAGAAAACCCAAACGUUUAAAGAUUCAUGGUUCAGACGAAAAGGAUUAUGCAUUCCUUGUGAAAGGAGGAGAAGAUUUACGUCAAGAUCAAAGAAUUCAACAACUUUUCCAUGUCAUGAAUAAUAUUUUAGAUCAAGAUGCUAAUUGUAAACAACGAGAAUUAUCCAUUCGAAUGUAUAAGGUCAUUCCAAUGAGCACCGAAGUUGGAAUUAUUGAAUGGGUCGAUAAUACCAUGCCAUUAAAGGCAAUUAUUGAAGAACAAUUGAAUAAGGAAUCUGGAACCAAAGAUCAAGAAGUAUUGAAACACAUUUCUUCAACCAUUCAUUUGAAAAUGAUGGAAAAAUUAGCAGGAAAUCAUCCCGAAUUGAAUUUAUAUCAAAAAUAUAUUUUAUCUUAUCAGAAAGCAAAUCAAGAUAGUUUAACACAAGUCAUGGAUGAGCAAUACAAGACGAUUAAUCCAGAUUUAUUGAGAAAUGGAUUGAGAUCAUUGGCAAUUUCUAAUGAAGCUUACUUCACGAUUAGAAAUCGAUUUGCCAAGUCACUUGCCACUUUCUCUAUUUGUUCAUACAUUUUAGGAAUUGGAGAUCGUCACUUGGAAAACUUCCUUGUGGAUUAUUCGAGUGGAUCUUUGAUUGGAAUUGACUUUGGACAUGCCUUUGGAAGUGCUACUGAAAUUUUGCCAGUUCCUGAACUCGUUCCUUUCCGAUUGACACGUCAAUUGUUGGCUGUGUUUUCACCCAUUUCGACGACUUUGGAUGAUUUUUCAAAUGAAAAUGUUGGAACAGGUCUUUUGUUUGAAAGUAUGGUUCAUUGCAUGCGAGCAUUACAUAAUCAUAGACAUAUUUUGUUAAAUACCAUGGAUGUAUUUAUUAAGGAGCCACUUGUUGAUUGGUUGAAGAAUGCAAAGAAAAAUCCACAAUUUUAUCAGAGUAUGAUGAUGCAAGAAGGUGGUACUAGUAGCACGACUAGUUAUGGAUUGAGUGACAAUGCAUUGAGUGGUGGUUCGUCAUCAUCCUCGGCAGCUGUUUCACAGACUGAAAGCAAUAGUGAAGUCUCUCUCAUGAAAUGGUAUCCACAACGGAAAGUGGAAUUGGCCAAAAUGAAAUUGGAAUUGGCAAAUCCAAAAGUUAUUUUCAAGAGCGAUGUUCAGGCCAAUCCUUGCAUUAAGAAGGGAAUUAAAUAUGUCGAGAGAGCCAUUGAGGGAGAUGCCGAGAUUAAUAAGAGAGCCAAGGUUGGAGAAGUGUGCUCGAGUGUGAAAGAACAAGUCGAAUGUUUGAUCGAUAUGGCUACCGAUGUCAAGAUCUUGGGAAGAACCUAUAUUGGUUGGGCAGCUCAAUUUUAA